GGCAGUGACCUGUGCGUCGCCCGCCCGCCAUUCGGCCCGCAGACACUUCCGCGCCGCGCAAAGUCCUAGGCGUUGGGGGGGGGGGUCCCCGCGGCCGACCGCAGAGCCCCAAUCCUCCGCAACCGGAAUUUCCUCGCUGGGCUGCAUUGGUCGCUGACGCUGAGAUCGCGGCACUCGGCGCCCCGGUGCUCAGGGGCGUAAGCUCUGACGCACGCGUAUUCGAAGGAGAGGCCCGGAUCCAGGCCAGUCCUGCUUUGCGCACGCGCCUUCUGAGGGAGCGUUCUGAGUGCAGGCGGUGCGUUUCCCGCCCGGCUCGGGGACUUGAGACCACGCGCAGCUUGAUGACGACAUUUCGGCGCCGAGUAGCGGAAUGGCGGCUCCCAUCUCUGAGACAAGCGACGCUGUGGAUUCCGCAGUGGUUUUCUAGAACAGCCAUUUUCAACUCUCCACGGGAGACCACCAUGGCAUUCCCUCACCUACAGCAGCCCAGCUUCCUCCUGGCUAGCCUGAAAGCUGACUCCUUAAAUAAACCCUUUGCACAGCAGUGCCAUGACUUGGUUAAAGUCAUUGAGGAUUUUCCAGCAAAGGAGCUGCACACCAUCUUUCCAUGGCUGGUAGAAAGCAUUUUUGGCAGCUUGGAUGGCGUUCUUGUCGGCUGGAACCUCCGAUGCCUACAGGGGCGUGUGAGCCCUGUUGAGUACAGCAUUGUGAUGGAAUUUCUAGACCCUGGUGGCCCAAUGAUGAAGCUGGUGUAUAAACUUCAAGCUGAAGAGUAUAAGUUUGACUUUCCUGUCUCCUACCUACCUGGUCCUGUGAAGGCAUCAAUCCAGGAACGUGUGCUCCCUGACAGCCCUUUGUAUCACAACAAGGUUCAGUUCCCUCCAACCGGGGGGCUAGGCCUGCACCUGGCUCUUAAUCCAUUUGAGUAUUAUAUGUUCUUUUUUGCUUUGAGCCUCAUCACACAAAAGCCACUGCCUGGGGCCCUCCACAUUCGAACUUCAGACUGUGCCUAUUUCACCCUAGUGGACAGAUAUCUGUCGUGGUUCCUGCCUACCGAGGGCAGUGUACUCCCCCCACUCUCCAGCCCCGGGGGACCCAGCCCUUCACCAGCUCCCAGGACGCCUGCCAUGCCCUUUGCUUCCUAUGGCCUCCAUCAUACCAGUCUACUGAAGCGACAUAUCUCUCAUCAGACAUCUGUGAAUGCAGACCCUGCCUCCCACGAGAUCUGGAGGUCUGAAACUCUGCUCCAGGUUUUUGUUGAAAUGUGGCUUCAUCAUUAUUCCUUGGAGAUGUACCAAAAAAUGCAGUCUCCUCAUGCCAAGCUGGAGGUUCUGCACUACCGACUCAGUGUCUCCAACGCCCUCCACAGCCCUGCCCAACCCAGCCUCCAGGCCCUCCACGCCUACCAAGAGUCUUUCACACCGACAGAGGAGCACGUCUUGGUGGUGCGCCUGCUGUUGAAGCACCUGCACGCCUUUGCCAACAGCCUGAAGCCUGAGCAGGUCUCUCCUUCUGCCCACUCACAUGCCACCAGCCCCCUGGAGGAAUUCAAACGGGCUGCUCUUCCCCGGUUUGUCCAGCAGAAGCUAUACCUCUUCCUGCAGCACUGUUUUGGCCACUGGCCCCUGGAUGCAUCAUUCCGAGCUGUGUUAGAGAUGUGGCUGAGUUACCUGCAGCCCUGGAGGUAUGCACCUGAGAAGCAGGCUCAGAGCAGCGACAGCCAGUCCCGCUGUGUGUCGGAGCGAUGGGUGCCCUUUGUGCAGGAGAACCUGUUGAUGUAUACCAAGCUCUUUGUGGCCUUCUUGGGCCGUGCACUCCGCACUGACCUGGUCAGUCCCAAGAAUGCGCUUAUGGUGUUCCGAGUCGCCAAAGUCUUUGCCCAGCCCAACCUGGCUGAAAUGAUCCAAAAAGGAGAGCAGCUGUUUCUGGAGCCUGAGCUUGUCAUCCCCCAUCGCCAGCACCGGCUCUUCAUGCCUACUUUCACCGGAAGCUUCCUGUCGUCGUGGCCAACUGUCACAGACACUUCCUUCAAGGUGAAGAGCCAUGUCUACAGCCUGGAGGGCCAGGACUGCAAGUACACCCCAAUGUUUGGUCCAGAGGUCCGGACGCUGGUCUUACGUCUUGCUCAGCUCAUCACACAGGCCAAACAAACUGCCAAGUCCAUGUCUGAUCAGUGUGGGGAGAACGCAGCCAGCCGCCCCUUUCUGUCAUGGCUGGGCUUCAGCUCUAUGGACUCUAAUGGCUCCUACCCAGCCAACGACCUGGAUGAGAUGGGGCUGGACAGCAUCCGCAAGACAGACGAAUACCUGGAGAAGGCCCUGGAGUACCUGUGCCAGAUGUUCCGACUCAGUGAGGCCCAGCUAGCUCACCUCACACUUGCCUUGGGGACAACUCAGGAUGAAAAUGGAAAGAAACAGCUCCCAGACUGCAUUGUGGGAGAGAAUGGCCUCAUCCUCACACCCCUGGGCCGUUACCAGAUCAUCAACGGACUGCGGAAGUUUGACAUCGAAUACCAGGGAGACUCAGAGCUGCAGCCCAUCCGGAGCUAUGAGAUUGCAGGUCUAGUCCGUGUGCUCUUCCGCCUGUCUUCUGCCAUCAACCAAAAGUUUGCAGGUGAGAUGACAGCCCUGUGCUCCCGUGCUGACUUCCUCGGCAGCUUUUGUCGCUACCAUCUCAUGGAGCCUGGACUAGCAGACAAGCACCUGCUGAGUCCUGUGGGGCGAGGGUGUGGAACCAACCGGGUUCGUGGCCCCAGGCUCAGCCUGCGAUUCCUGGGCAGCUACAGGACACUACUGUCGCUGCUGCUUGUCUUCUUUGUGGCCUCUCUGUUCUGCAUUGGGCCCCUGCCAUGCUCUCUGUUUCUUGUUCUGGGCUACCUCCUCUAUGCCGUGACCAUGACACUGCUGACUGAGCGAGGCAAGCUGCACCAGCUCUGACCACAGUUCAGGCACUGUCCCCAUGGAAAACAGGAUAGCUGGGUGGUCCCUCCCUUGCACCCAGGAGACCACUUCCAAGCCUGAGUCCUAUCACUUUCAUGCUUCAAGGGGUGUUUUUCUGAUGCAUGGAGCCCCUCCAGGAGGGAACCUGAGAUGAAAAGGAUUCAGUUUGGGCUCGGCUAGAAAACACUAGGCUAGAGCCGGAGGGCUUGGGACAGGGAUCAUCUGGGCACUCCCCCUCUGCUAGCCGCUCUGUAGCCGGAUGGUUCUUGAGGCCUUUCUUUUUAACCAUUUUAGUUUUAUUCAUUGAAGCUCAGGAGUCAGGGUUUCCUCAGGAGGGCUGGCUGGGUGCUGCUGGCCACUGUCCUCAAGGUGGGCAGAGAGAGUGGGGUUUCUCACCCUGAGUAUCGUCAGGACAGUAGCUUAGCCUCUGCAUCCAAGGCAGAAUCAAAGCCCCUGAAAGAGAGUCUUGGAAAAAUUAGAUAGUGAUUGAUCUCCCUGAUUCCCAAUUUUAAAACUAAGAUAUACUACCACAUAUGGCAAAGUGAGGACUGCUGUCUGUUACGUUCUCCCAGUUACUCUAAGCCUGGGCUGAGUCAUCCCACAAUUAAGGAAAAAGGUCUCUCGGGAACAUAGAUGCCCAUGGGUCAGUGCCCCACCUCUAAGCUCCCUCUGGCCCACAAGCUGCCAAACAUGUUGCUCAAUGUCCCCCUUGUCCCUGGUGGGCUCUGGUCCCUCGGGCACAGGGGAUGCAACACAGUUGCCAGAGUUGGGUCCUGCUGGCAUCUACUCUACAGCCAAAGAUAGUCAAAAGCACUGCUUGUUCCUUCAGUAAAAUCAAGUGCUCAGAGACACAGGAACCUUUCAGUAAUGCAGAUAUUCAGACUACAUAGCAGCUAUGUGUUUACUGUCAAAAAUUGCCUUGGGGUCUUGAACAUCUUCCUUCAUCCUGUGGAUGACACAUGACAGAGAACCACAUUCCAAUGUGAUUUUACAACCAAACUUUUUUUUUUAAGUUUUCAGAUGAAACACUGGGCUUUGUGUUUUGAUGUGAACUCAAAAUAAUGGUAUUUGGGAGCCUGUGACCCAAAAUCAAACCAAACUUGUAACCAACCAUGGAUCUGAAUAAAUCUGUUCUUGCUCCUAA